GCGAAAGACACGCAAGUAACAGACGCCGCUUGCGUGCCACAAAGUUGAUACAGGCCGUGUGCAGCCAUGGAGCAGCAGGCGAAGGCAAGCGAGAUCGACGGCACGGUUGCCCAGCGUGGCGCGCCCCGCGAGUUAGACACGGCGCACAAACAUCGAGUGGGAGACCACGACAUCGUCAGCGCUGGUGGCGGCAUGAAGAAGCUGCAGGAGGAGGAAGACAAGGAGAAGACGGCGGCGGAGGGGGUGAAGCCGCUGCCGCACAAGCAGGUUCCGCAGCCGAGCGAUGUGUACAACCCGGAGCUCGAGCGCCUCUGAGCUGAAGCUCAUUUAUGUACCGAGUAUUAUGUCGCUUGCAUCUCGUCUCUCGCUUAAUCGUAAGCCAAUAUACUUCUGAGUUUUUUA